GUUAACGUGACUGCCUUGACGUAAGGGGAGGCCAUUUUUGUUAUCCUCCAUGUUGUAUUUCUGGCAAUCAGGUUCAUAUAACAUAGAGGGAUGAGACGGCUGAAAUUAACACAAAAGUUAGUGUUGUCGUUUUUAUCAAUCCUAGUUUCAUAUUUCUUGAUUUCUUGGAUUCUUUAUCACAAACCUUUUGAUAAACAUGGACUCACAAACACUGAUGGGCAUCGUGGUAAAAGCUCUAUACAAACGGCACUUCAAGGUACACUGUAUGACAACGAAAAACGAGAGAACCGACAACAAGAUCGAAUCCUCGACUUCGAAACAGAGAAGAACUUCUUUACAACGAGAUCUUCAAUAAUUAACCCAUUGAAUCACUCUCUUUUGAUUUCGCCAAGAGACUUUUGUGGGAACGACGUGACUAUUUUAAUAGUAGUCCUAUCAGAAUUCACAAACCUAGUUAGGAGAAAAACAAUAAGGAACACUUGGGCUUCCACAUUAGAAAAACCAGAAGGUGUUCGAAUUGCUUUCAUAUUUGGUCAACAGAGUGCUAAGAAAUGGAACGACCGUCUAGAGGAAGAGAGUCAAAAAUAUCAGGACAUUAUAAAAUACGAUUUUCCAGAUAUUUAUUCUAAUUUGAUUUUGAAAUCCCUGUCUAUUCUCCGGUGGGCAACUGACCACUGUAAAAACGUCAAUUUUGUGAUGAAAGUCGACGAUGAUGUAUUUAUCAUGACUUCCAGACUCCAUAGCUAUUUCGAAAGACUGUACCCCAAGAGAAUCCUGAGAGGACACUAUAAUGCACACUACACUGUUUUACGCGAUGGGAAAUGGCUUGUGACACGUGACCAAUACCCUUUUUCAGAAUUUCCUCCGUAUAUAGCAGGAGGCGCGUACAUCAUGUCCCUAGAUGUGGCGGAAACUUUAUUUGAGGCAGCAAAACGCGUCCCUCUACUUCCAAUUGAGGACGCAUUCAUCACAGGCAUUUUAGCAAAGAUCACUGGCAUCACUAUUUUUUCAGAUGGCCAAUUCCUGACUCAAUUCGCACAUGAAAACCUAGAAAUCCAAAGUACCAUAUGUUCAAAAUCAUAUGGGAGUGUAUUAGCUAUACUUUUAGGUGCUCCAGACGAACAUUCCAUAUCUAAACUUAUGUUAUUAGUCAACAAGUGUUAUAGAGAAGUACAGCGUUUACAAGCACUUUACGGACCCAAACCGCCAUGGAGACAACACUAAUUUACUUUGUUGAUAACUUUCACAUAAUAGAAAGAAAGAUGAACGGGAAGAAACAUG